AUUAGUUUCGAGAUUUAAGUUAUAAUACUUUUUAUUUUUACUUGCUCUUUAUAUUUACAGUAGCUCUCUCCCAAACAUGUCAACUAAAGAUGUCUACAUUCAUUACAAUGGAGUUUGGUAAGAAAUGUCGAAUAGUGAUGAUUUGUACAGUCAGGAUCAGAAAUAUAUGAAGGUCGUAUCGCUGCCUGAAGUUUUCAGCUGGGAGCAGUUGAGGAGCGGAGCAGCCUCCGUUUUAGGCUUGCAGCACGAAAGUACGAUAGACAUUUACGGCUUGGUUCAUGUCCCUGCGAAAGGGUUUAAGCAACGGAUCAUCAUAAAUUGUGAGGCUCACCUGAGGUUUUAUCUGGUCCAAUAUCCUGACUUGCCAAUUUUUUUCACCGUUAAAUUAAAUGAUGAGAUGAUAGGGAAGGAAGAAACUCCCGCGCUCCCAACUCGGGCAACAAAAAAUAUGGUUUGGACUUCGAAAGCUUCUCCUGUAACACCCAUGAUGUACGACUAUAGCCACUCUAGUGAGCUCCAUUGCGGUAGGCAUCCGCACAAGGUUGAAGCACAUGGUCAAGGGUUUUUCGGGAUAAUUUUUUUUGUCGGAGUUGCAUUAUCCCUUCCUUAGGCAAGCUUCCGAAGUUCCGAACUUAAUUAUCUUAUAUUAUUGGAAGACAUUUCCUCGAUGUCAAAGCGGAGAAGAACUUCAACGGCAAGUGCAUUAACUCCUGAAGGAAAACUUCAGCCACUCGGACUUCAUGAACUUUGUGUAGCUGACAACUUUAAGGAAAGAGACUGUUGGUACUACUCUUAAAAAUAUUCUCCAUGGUUCAUGGUUAUGAUUUUUUCUGGUUACUAGGUCGAAUAUGAAGGUAUCUAAUGUGAAAUGCAAAGAUAAGGACUGUCAAUGGAAAUUACGGACAUACCGGAAAAAUUCACAUACCUAGUGGAUAUUCACUAAAAUUACCAAUACACACACCGGUAUCCGCAAUCGUUGUGAGAACCGGGCCCAACCAGCGAAUAAGCGAGGAUGCGGGAAUUGUCAUCUCCCCGGCCAUUACCGUCCCAGUUGCCCAUCUAGGUAGUAUUCCGGAGUUAUGGUAAUGAGUUGGAGUUAAUUAUGUUAAGUGUUUAGGUUUGUUUCUAAUUAAUUGUUUCCUUGGGUAGAGAAAUUAAAGUUUCUUGGUUUGA